AUGCCUUCAACCGAGCGGCUUCGGUGGGGAAAUGGUCUAAACCACGCUGCUAUCGCUUGUGUCAAUGCCCUCACAGAGGAUCUCAACGCCCUCACCCACCAAGUCUAUCGGCUGCAAAACUCUCCACAAGCAUUUGCUGACGAGUCGCCUCAGGUCAUUGUUGCUCUUGCAACUCUCCAGCACUCUGUCCAAGAUCUUUCCCGCGCCUACAUUCAACAUGCCAACACGGUGCUCGCCCCAGGUAAACAAGGCUUGACUCCCAUUGACGCCAACCUCACCAACAUCCUCACGGAGUCUGGUCUUUUGACCGGCCGGCCUGCCGAGGCUGUUCCACCUCCCGUCGAGGCAGACACCGAUGGCAAGAAAAAGCGCAAGAGGACACCACAUGAUCCAAAUGCGCCUAAGCGUGCCCUCACUCCCUACUUCCUCUACAUGCAGAGCGCUCGCGCAACCAUCGCAAAAGAGCUUGGUGACUCAGCGAAGCCUAAAGAGGUCGCAGAUGAGGGCACUCGCCGGUGGACCGAGAUGAGCCCAGGUGAGAAGAGUGUCUGGGAUGACAAGUAUCAGAAGAACCUUGCCGCCUACAGAGUCAAGAUGGCAGCAUACAAGGCUGGGCAGCCCGUGCCUGACGAUGAGACUGCAGCGCGUCUAGUCGAGCUUGGCAAAGCACCUGAACACGUCGCUGGCAUCGACGCCGAAGCAGAAACCGAGGAAGAAGAGGCAGUUGAAGAAGAAGAGGAGGAGGAAGAAGCACCUCCGCCAGCUCCAGAGCCAACACCCAAAUCGAAGCGUCGCAAGACCAAGGAAGCUGAACCUACUCCCAAGCCCACGCCAAAGGUGGAGGCGAAGUCACCAGAGAAGGAGAAGAAGACCAAGAAGACCAAGAAAGAGGCUGCUGCUCCAGCGUCGUCUGCCAAGGCAGAGAAGUCGAAGAAGUCGAAGAAAUAA